AAGAGGCGUGCCGUGGUGAUUGACUGCGAGAUGGCAGAGGCUGCGGACGGAUCGGAUGAGUUGAUCAGCCUCUGCGCAAUCGAUUUCCUGACCGGCGAGACGUUGGUGAACAACUUGGUCGUUCCCUCGCGACCUAUCAAAGACUGGAGGACAGACAUUCACGGCAUUGAGGUUUCGAAGUUAUACGAAGCAAUAAUGAAUCAGCGGGCCCUCAGUGGUUGGAUCGGUGCUCGACAAGAGCUGUGGAAGCAUAUCGAUGAUAUCACGAUUGUGAUUGGGCAGUCCAUAUGCUACGACUUUGAGGCUCUGCGUCUCGUCCACACCCGCGUCGUGGACUCGGCAAUGCUCGCCACAGAAGCCGUUUUCUAUAAUCGAGCUGCAAAGAAGAAGCCGGGCCGGCGUUGGGGGCUCCAGGAGUUGUGCAAGACGUUCCUCGGAAUCGAGAUACGCGCUGAGGGGGGCACUCAUGACAAUCUAGAGGACGUCUUGGCUGCCAGAGAGGUUGUGCUGCAGGUGUUGUUGAAGCCGGCGAGGUUUCAGUGUUGGGCGGACAAGGCGCGCAAGGAUUUC